ACUCGAUUGCGCCCAGUUACACAGACCGUGGUAGGGAAAGGAGUUUAGGGAGAGUUCAAGCGGCACAUUUCAGCUCUUGCAUUACAUGAAUUUGUACGCAAGACAUAUCAGGUGUUUCUGAUGUCGUGUGGUUAAUUUAAGGUAGGAGAGAAAGCUAACGGAGCUGUUAUUUGGCUAACUCAGCUAACCAACGGAUACCGCAGUGUGUCUGUCAGACCAGUCCCAGCGCCCUUUGAGCUGAGCCGUGAUCCAAACAUCACGGAGAGGUGGACGGACAGGAAACAUGACGAGUUUUGCCAGUAAAGUGUUUUGCAGGGUCGAGAGGCUUUGUCAGCACCUCCCCGUGGUCCUCAACACCUUCCUGGUCUUCUCCAUCACCGGGGAGGUGAGCUACCUGGUGUUGGUCGAGGCUCCGCUGGAGGCGGAACAGAAAAAGACGGUGUGGUCCACCUGGUGGAAAGCGGUCCACCUGCUGGCGCAGUACUUCAUGCUGGGAAACAUCUGCUGGAACGCCCUGCUCUUCCUCAGAACCAGCCCCAGCAUCAAGGGGGUGUUCCUGGGAGGAGAGGGCAUGGGACAGGGAUGGAGGUACUGUUAUACAUGCGAGACACACACUCCUCCUCGCUGCUCCCACUGCUACGACUGCAAAGUGUGUGUGCUGCGGCGGGAUCACCACUGCGUCUUUUUUGGCCAGUGUGUGGGCUUCCGUAACUACCGUUACUUCCUGAGCUGCUUGUUGUUCAUGUGGUCUGGGCUCCUGUAUGCCACUCUGAUGAACGCAGAGGUCUUCAUUGUCAUACUGAAGGAGGGUGUAACUGUGCACAGCGUCCUGCUGCUGCUCAUACCCUGGAUCAUGCUGGUUUCAGGUCAGGUCUCAGCACGUGCCUUCGCCUUCGCCUUCAUUGCUGACACAUGUGUGGUGGGCUUCCUGCUGGUGUCCGCCUUCUUCUUCUUCCAUCUCUUCCUGAUGUUUCGGGGACAGACCACCAGGGAGUGGUAUUCGACCCGCCGGCCCUACAGCCUUGGACUCCUGGGCAACUUGCGUCAUGCUCUGGGCCUUCGCUGGUACCUCUGCUGGCUCUGCCCACUCAUCCCAUCACCUCUACCUGGAGAUGGAAUAAACUUCCAGGUCACGGGAUCGCUGGAACCCACCCGGUAACAGCUGAAAGCCUGAAUAUUAACAGGCCGUGUGUCUUUAUUUUCAUGGUGAUGGUUAAUGUUAUCAGGAGCAGCAGCAGGGAAGAUCACCUCAGUUCAAGAAGAGGUAGCUUGGGAUGGGAAGAAGCCAGAAUAGUGUAUGGUUGCUUAAGAUAUUACUGGGUAUAAAUGUCUACCAGUAUCUUCUCUAGUAAAUGCCAUUACCUGUUCUUAGACAAAGAGGUUUUGGGUCUAUUUUAGAAAGUACAUUGACCUUGGCCUAAAGGUAACCUGUACACCCAUUGAGGCUGGCCUCAAAAUAGUAACACAAAACUAUCAGUGUUCCUUUGGAAUACUGAGCACUGAAAAUGUACGUAAACAACACUUUAACGAGAAUGUAUUUUAUUGAUAAUGGAAAAUGUAUAAUUUUAUCCUCUUAGGAGUAGCGAUAAUGACUACUUAAAUGGGCCUUUCUCAUACUGUUUAUUUUGCCUAAAUCUGAAGGUCAUACAAAUUUGGCCUGCACUGUUCCUGAAUAAACUGUAGGAUUAUUUAGCACACCAUCAUUCGCCUCCUAUCUAGCUACCAGGACGAUGAUGUGCUUGUGUUUUCCACUUGUCUAUGUCCACAUCCACCACAUCCUGAGCUCUAGCUGAGUUUAUUACACUGAGCUUUUUACUGGACAUUGUUGUGGGAUAAUGAGAGCAUGGAGGCGUGCUUCACAAUGAUGUAACAAGGACAACAAAUGUAGAAGAAAACAAUCAAUAGAAAUUGUGAUGGGUGUGAAAUCUAGUGUUGCCGUUUACAGACUAAUGUAAAGUCUAUCUACUGUAUGGACAUCCCAUGUGAACAGUCUCUCCCCAUAUUUCGCAUUAUGUUCAUGUUUCAGUCAGUAAGGGACCUCUACAAACCAAACUAACGUACAGUGUAGCACCACGACGUGUACUGACACAAGCAACUGCUGUGUCCCAAUUCUCUACUACAUGCCACUUGUACACAGUAUAUACAAAUCUUUAUAGCAUUAUAUUUUUGCAGUUAGUAUACAGGAAAUCAACAUACACAACUGUUUUUUACAAUACUUUUGAUACAAUACUUGCGCUGUCAGAGACGUCAAUCAAACUGUGACCUUUACAAAGUUUAAAAAAAGUUUAAAUUAAAGUUUUUUUGUUUUUGUUUUCUGAGGUUCCUGGACUUGUUUCAUCGGACUGCUUUGAGUAUACUUCAUUUUCUCACUUUUUUGUUGUUAACACAUAUUUUGAUAUGUAGUAUGGAUUUGGGACACAGCUAACAUGUCUUACAGCAUUUGAUAACUCACAACAAUCCUUUUUUCCCUCUUUUGGACUUUCGUAAUUUUGAUUCUCCUGGCCUUAAAAUGUAGUGAAAAAUGACAAGCCUUUGCAUUGACAGGUGCUUUUACUUGUCCUACAGCCAAAAAAUAUUGUUUGUGUAUUGUUACUUGUUUGAUCAGCCUAAUUCUUUCUUUUUUGUGCUACUUCAUGUGGGUCACAAAAUGUGAUGUUUGGUUUUGCUGUUUGAAAGUGCUUCAAAUAAAUUGUGUUAAUUUA